AUGGUGCUUCGGGAGGAUUAUAAGCGCCCACUGCCCCAUUUGCGGUUACUUCUAGUUGAAAGCCCGAGUAUUCGUAGUUGUUUGAUCGACCGAGCAAAUAAAGGGGAAGCCCUACUAUUGCCGUCCCACAGAGCCCCCACGAGGACUGCAUGUAUUUUGAUUAAUCGAGUGCUUUGUUUCAGUACUCUAAUCUUUCCAUGCUCGAUGCCUCGCUGUAUCAAAAGCAGCAAUGCUAAGAAACCUGCACAACGGCCACCUCAGAAUUUGGCGGGCAACUUAGGCGGUGCAAAAGUUUUGACUUCCCAAAAAAAACAGGGCUGUUCUUGUUGUUUAAACGAAGACGAUGACCCUGAAGGCAUAUCUGACUUAGAAAGAGAGAGACUACAUUUUAUAGAAGUUGUUGAUGCUUUUAAGUACUAUCAAACUUACACUCUAAAGCGGGUUCAAAGGGCUCGUGACGAUUUGCGUUGUUAUCAAAAUAGACGAAAUAGUAAUAUAAUAAAAAAGAAAAAUAAGAAGAAUUGCCAAAAUAUAUCGAUGGUUAAAUAUAUUAAUGAGAACGACGAUAACUUAAGUCUGGAUAUGUUUGUUGGAGCGUUGAUAACUGAAAAACUUGACCAUCUUGAAGACGCGAUUAAGAAAAAUCAAGAAUUUAUUGACGAGAUAAUCGCACCUCACCGGGUUUUUGAAGAUAGUGAAACCUUUGUUGUUCCCGAAAAAAAUGAGCGCUGCGCUUGUUCAACUCCUUCUGAACUUAACAUGAGCAAAGUUGUUUAUACAUUAAAACAGUUUGUUAGAGACUGGAGCUUGGAAGUAUUUUUUUCUGGUUUCUUUAUUGAUUAA